GGAGUUGGUUUGCCUUUCAAGGCCAAUUCUUUAUAUCACUUAAUUUUUAAAUAUUUUUUUUAUUCUUUGUUACGUUUAAAUAUAGUGGAGCGCUUAAUGCUUUGGCGAACCUGAUUUCGAUACUUUCAUGCUCAACAAACAGGAAAACGUGCUUGGUUCGUCCCCAAAGGCUUUAUUUUGAAAGCGGUAACCGGAAAGUCGCAGGUAACUCUCGUCAACUUGACACCACUAGUACUAGUUCAGCGCUGCCAUGUCGGCGCUGCUUUACCUCGCGGCGGGACUAGUUUUUUCCUACGUGAUAGUGUACUACGGUGUGUUCAGAGGAGCGCGAUGCUCGAGUUCGGUGAAGCUGAAGGGGAAGACGGCAAUUGUCACAGGAGGCAACACUGGCAUCGGCAAGGCCACGGCUCUGGAGCUGGCAAAGAGAGGAGCCAGGGUGAUCCUGGCCUGCCGCAACAAGGAGAAAGCGGAGGUGGCCGCCUUUGACAUCCGCAGAGAGAGUGGAAACAAUCAGGUGGUGUUCAUGCAGUUGGAUCUGGCAUCGCUAAAGUCUGUGCACAGCUUUGCUGAAACCUUCCUGAAGACUGAACCAAGACUGGACAUCCUCAUCAACAAUGCAGGUGUGAUGGGUCCAGGACGCACCGAAGAUGGCUUCGGCCUAGCGUUUGGGGUGAAUCACCUGGGUCACUUCCUGCUCACCGACCUCCUCCUGGAGCGUCUGCAGCAGGGCGGACCCAGCCGCGUGGUCACCGUGGCUGCUCUCCUGCACCGCUUUGGACACAUCGACUUCCCUCUGCUGGCUUCCAGGAAGGAUCUGGUGUCGGGUCAGUCCACCCGGCAAGACUUUCUCGCCUACUGCAACAGCAAGCUGUGUAAUGUGCUCUUCACGAGGGAGCUGGCCAACAGGCUUGAGGGCACUCGUGUCACCUGCUACAGCCUGCACCCAGGAGUCAUCCACACUGAACUGUGUCGCAGUACGAGCCUGUGGCUGCAGCUACUCAUGAUGCCCUUUGCCAAGCUCUUCUUCCUGGACCCAGAGGGGGGGGCCCAGACCACCCUGCACUGUGCCCUGCAGGAGGGUAUCGAGCCCCUCAGCGGACGCUACUUCUCUAACUGCGCACUGCAACACGUGGGCGGCAAGGGGCGAGAUGAUGCCCUGGCCAAGAAGCUGUGGGAGCGCUACUCUCUACCAGCUCCAGCUUGGCAUGACUUUGACUCAUGUAAAGGAAAUGAACAGAUGUAUGGUUAAUAUAAUAAUCUGCCACGUGCCCCAUGGAACAGCUUGUAUAAAAGAAAGAUUGGGGUAAACAGAUGCAACGCAGCUAAUACAUGGUAGCUGAUAACUCCAUGAUGGACUCUCUGGAUACCCGUUCCCUCAAAGUUUGAAAUUCAAAUGUCUCAAUUCACCAAAAAUGACAUCUACUCAAAACCCCAGUACACAUUUUUAUAUCACCAUUGUGACAUGCGCACUUCCACUGAAUUGAACUGCUUUAUCCUGAAGUUGUAUAGAUUUUAAAUUAUGUUGUUAUUUUGCCACAAUGUAUGAUGACUAUUCUGUCCAUGGGACCAGCUUUCCAAAAAUAUCUAGACACUAGCUUCUUUGUCUGUUCACAUAUGACUAGUCUUUAAUGUACUUUAACUAGGGAAAUAAUGUUUAGCUCUUAUGUACAACUGGAACUUGGCCUGUCACGAUAAUUAAAUUAUCGACUUAUCGUACGAUACAUGGAUAUGAACAUAAUCAUUUUUAUUGACCUCAAUACCAGCCAUUGUGUCAACAUCCAUGUUUGUUUACAUGAGAAUGAAUGUCAACAACAGUCCAGCAAGUCCUUCUGCUUCUGUCCUCUCAUCUGUUCUCUUCGUACGAUUAAUCAAGUACUGGUUUGUUUUAUAAAAUGUCAGAAAAUAUGGAUUUCUUAGUAUUUUUCGCGUAUAGUUAUCGUGACAUGCCUAACUGGAACAUGGAAUUUGUGCUAGAGAAUGAGUUAAUAAUCAACAUGUAUUCAUACCUGUUGUGGUCACCAUUGUCUACUUUUACAGUAAAGUACUUUAAUAAAGAUAAAAUGGAAACAU